AUGAAAAACAACCGAGGAAAAGGAGACAAAUUGGGUGUUCAGGUGUGGGUUUUUCUCUACUGGGACUACCCUAAUGAUCUAAAGCCAAUACAUUACACGGUGACACCGCCGCCGGAUCCGGAUGCAACUACCGGACCGUCAACAACAGCAAAACCAAUCUCAACAACUACCACAGUUAAACCCUCGCCCUCUAGCACUACUGCUCAGCCGAGUACUACAAAACCAACCUCAACAACCACAGGAAAGCCUAAUACAAAAACUAAUACAACAACUACUAAACCAACUACAAAAAAAUCAACCUCAAAACCAGCUCCAAAAACUACUCUCAAACCUGCCAGCAAGCCGACAAGCCCUCCUAAGAAAACAAAGAAGCCUCAUGACCAGACAACAGAGCCUGAUACAGUGCUCACUGAAACACCGGAACCAGUGGAGACCACCGUUUUGACUACAGAAAAUGCCGAUAAUACUAGCAGUGCUAAAAUUGACCCCAAUCAAGAGUAG